GUUGUUUUCGAUAAAAUGGCCGAGGAGCUCCGACUGUAACGCUGUGUUACAGGUAAUACAGAGAACAUGGCGGUCGAAAUAUCGCUUGAAAACGGCUUAUUCAAAACCUAUGCAUUUUAUGCAUGUUUCUUGCUGAUAAAGAUUUUGUCUAAUAACGUAAUUACCGUUUACUACAGGACUAUUCGAAAGUCCUACAGGGUGCCCGAAGAUUAUGUUAUGGCAAAUGCAAAAGAUACUGGAGGCAGUACCCAUCCCGAUGUUGAACGAGCUGUCAGAAUUCAUGUACACGACAUUGAAAACAUCGUGCCAUUCAUCUUGAUCGGUUUCUUUUACGUCUUGACCGGCCCGACCGUGGCGCUGGCCACUUGGUACUUCCGGUUAUUCACGUGUGCACGCCUCUUGCACACCGCCUCCUACCUGCUUAAGUUGCAGCCGUACCGGACCAUUGGGCACGUGCUGGCCACCGUCAUCAACGUCCUCAUGGCCACGAGCACUCUGUGCUCACUUUUUUGAGUUUUUGGAAAGUCAGUGGCAGUGUAUACAAACGCUACAGUAGAUUAGACACGUUACUGACCUGUUAAAUAAAAUAUCCACCUGUUGUGAAUAAAUCAUAAUGAAAAUGUUAACGAGAAACUAUGUAUGAAUUGGUUAAGUUUGGAGGGAGGAAUCUCAAGAAGAGAUAUUUUCUUCGCCUGACUCCGGAACACUAACCACAUUGAUUGAAAUUGUACGACUUUUUUUAUUUUGGUAUUAAAUAUUUCACUUCA